GCCCUCUCAUUAUAGUUUCUUCUGAUCUGUAAGUAAACAAUGAUGAUGGCAGAAGAAGAGGAGUCCAUAACUACUGGUACUAAUGGGGUCUGUUUGAAAGAGACAGGAACUGGCAAUGGAGGAUCAAAUGGUUUAGUGAAUAAUGGAGGGACUGUUAAUGACCCUGGAGUGGAACAAGAAGCUGAUAAAGAGGAAGGAGGGACUGUAUCUUAUGAAAUGUAUAAAACCGUUUUAGACGAAAGGGAUCAGUUAUCACUUACUUUAAAAGAUAUAAAGCAACAGGAAGAUUCCUUUCAAGCAAUUGCAAAGAGAUUAGAGGUAAAGUGUCUAUCCCAACAAGAAGAAAUGGAGGAAUUAGAAGAAAGGCUUCAAAAAGAAAAGAAUACAACCACAUCAUUACAAGAAGAACUGAAUAAAAAAAUAACAGAAUUAUCUCAAGCAAUUAAAAAUGAAGAAACAGUCAUGGACAGACUGUCUUCUCUUGAUCAGGAAAGAAUGAAAUUAUUGGAUGAGCAAGUGACCUUGGAGAGAAAGACAAAGGAAUUGAAUAGAGAAUUGGAGAAGGCACAAGCAGUUGUUAAAAAUCAAAAAGUGGAAUUAACUAAAUUGAAAACAGCAAACGACAAACAAGAAACGUCAUUAUCUGAAACAACACGUGAACUGUCAAAGUUAAAAGAAGAAACGUCUUCCUUGAGCAUCAAAUUAAAAUGGGCACAGAACAAACUAAAGACUGAAACAGAAGGACACAAAGAUACUAAAUCACAAUUAGCAGCAACAGCAAAGAAGCUUAAGCAAACAAAGGAAGAGAGUGAUCAGAUUCGUUCCGAUCUUAAAAAGAUGAUCUCCGAGUAUCAGGAAUCGGAAGAAAUGAGAUCAAAUUCACUCGACGUCAAAUUAAAGAAAACGGAAGAGGAGCUGAGACAGCAGGAGCAAGAGAUCGCUGACCAACAGCAGCUUCUUGAGUUAACAGUUAAAGAUCUUGAGAUUAACCAGGCCUCACUAGAAAUAGCUAACAAAGAAAUACAGCAACUGAAAAAUAAAGUGUCAGAAUUGAUAAAUCAGAUGACAGAGAAGCAGGAAGAGUUGGACAGAAUGAAAGUUGAGAAUGCGCGAGAGAAAAAAGAGCAGCAAAAACUAUUGAAUGAAAAAACUGCUAUACAAGACAUGAACAAAGAUAUUGAGAAGGAGCGAUUGGACUAUGCUGCACUAAAGGAAAGCCACACCCACUUACAAAAAACAGCUCAGCAUCUUGAGAGGGAGGUUAGCAGACGGAAGGACAAAGAGGCGGAGCUUUUGACGUUUUCGGACAAAAUGUCGUCACUAAAUGCUGAGCUGAGAACUGAGAGAGAUUCACUAGAGCAAUCAGUGAUACAACUGGAGAAUAAAUUAAAGAAAGAAGUUGAUAAUAAUGAAAUGAUUGAAGGGAAGCUUAAAGAAAUGGCUGAUAAGUUACAGUUGGUUGAGAGAUCCAGUCAUAAAGAGAUAAAUUCAUUAAUGCAAGCACUACAAGACAAAUCAAAAGCUGUUGAGCAGUUGUCAGUAUCGCUGGAGGAAGAGAGAGAACAGAUGGUGGCCAUUAAGAGAAAACACUUGAACAAUAUCAAAGACAUGCAAAGACAAAUACAACUCUACUCAAAGCGUAUUGAACAGUUGGAGGCUAGCACACAAUCAGAUGUAGCGACACUGCCUGUGACAUCAUCAGGUCACAUGACUUCUGGUCACAUGAUGAGGUCUGCCCACUCCCAUGGAUCACUAGAUGGAUCACUUAACAAUAUCCCAUUAACAAACCAAACCCACUCAACGUCGUUAACACCUAACAACAGAAUGUCACCUGACAAUUUUAUUCCUUCCCCUCAAUUACAGUCCAGCUCACCAUCCCACAUGCACACUGUACAAGGUGGGGGCGUGAGCACAGGAGGGGGCGUGGCUGCAGGUAUAGGACUGUUUCAAACGUUGGAUCAUGAGAAGACAGUCCUGGUUGAUAAGUUGUGCCAAAUGAAGCGACAGCUAGCAAAGAAAGAAGAAAAAAUUGAAUUUUAUGAAGGACACGUCCAGCAAUUAACAGAAGACAUCAAAUCAAAAUCAAGAUUGAUACAGCAUUUCAUAAUGAGAGAGGAAGCUGGUGCUCUCAUUCCGCCAGAAGCUGACGCCAAUAAAGAGCAAUUAUCGAGAAGGAGUUCUUCUAGUAUAAUGGGUACCGUGUUUAAAGGGGGCGGAGUUGGGGGUGGAGCCAGUCAUAAACAGGCUGAGAUGAGUCUAGAACUAUCUUUAGAAAUCAAUAGAAAGAUGCAGGCAGUACUUGAGGACACCAUACUGAAGAAUAUAACAUUAAAAGAAAGUUUGAAUACUUUGGGCCAAGAGGUAGCCAGACUCUCAGCUCAAAUACCAAAGAACACUUCAACUUCUAAUAGAUAAUCACAUUAAUUAAUAAACAAUCAUUGUUAUUUUUUAUCAAUCUUCAUGAAGACACCACUA